AGAUAUACGUUGGAACUUCUUAUUUCCGCAUACGCACGUGAACGCGCUUACUUGGAUCUACGAUAGGGUAGGCUUCUUAUUUUUGCCCUUCUUGUUUCGUUCAUCUUUCUUCUAGACCGACGCUUCUUCUUUCAGAGUUCACAUGUCGUCCAGUGCCGUGCACACCUGCGAAAGCAGCAACUGCGGCCACAACCACGGCGAUGGCGCAGAGGCGCAGCCGCCAAUGACGGACCAGAACUCAGGUGAUUUCCAUCCGUUUCUCGAGGCGCUCAAACCGGUGUUCCCCGACAACGGCGGCGAGAUGCCCAUCGGCGAGUUGCUGUUGGUGCUGAAGCAGAAGAAGCCGGAGGUCUUCCAGCAGUUGGAUCGGCUUUUCGAAACGGCCCGCCACGUCUCCGGCGUGGAUGAGCAAAUAGCGCUAAAGUGGAAGGAGAAAGGCAACGCUGAGUACAAAAAGCGGCUGCAUCAGCAGGCCGUCUUCUCCUACACCAACGGCCUUCUCUGUGCGGAGAGCGCCGACACGCUCGCCGUGCUGCUCAACAACCGCAGCACCGUCUUCUUUGACCAGCAUCGCUACGCGGACGCCUGCGUUGACGCCGAUCGCGCCUUUACGUACCAGCCCACCUACUGGAAGGCACUGACGCGUCGAGGGCGGUCUCUAGUCGAGCUGGGCCUCGAAAAGCUGGGUGAGAAGGAUAUCGAAGCGGCGAAGCAGGAGUCGCAGGAGACGGCCAAUUCCUCGGCAACGAUGUCAAAAGUGUUUGGUGAGGCGGCAAGUGGAAUGGCGACGGCGGCGCUGCCCCCGCGUGCGCAUGUGAAGGUGCCGGUGCAGGUGGAGAGGUCCGCCAAAGGCCGCUCCCUGGCCGCCGCGAGCCGAUUAUCAGAGGGGGAGGUGAUGGACGAGACACCGUACGCGUUGGUGGCGCGGACGGAGACGCUGCUGUCCGUGUGCUCGUACUGCCUGCAACACAGCUCCUGUCUCUAUCAUGGCGAGGAGUACCGCCAGCAUAAAAUCAAAUCGCGCGGCUUCUUCUGCAGCGCGGCGUGUGCGAAGGCCGCAUGGGAGCACUACGGCCAACACGAGAGCAAGCACGCCUUUUUUCUAUGUUGCCCCAACGACGCGCUGCUGGCCUAUCGCAUGAUCCUCGGCAUGCGUGAAUUUCCCUCCCUGUCGGAGCUGACCUCGCCGGUGGAGCUCGACCCUGUCACCGGAAGCGAUUUCGGUGCCACGCACAUUCACUCUCUUGAAGGGAGCUUUACGCGUGAGCUGCAGCCCAACGCAGCCGUUGGCGGCUACGAGUCCCUCGUCGCGGCGAUCGCCCUAUACGCGGACGCCCUCACCGAGGCGGAGGCGGAGCAGCUGCGUAAGGCGCAACGGCAAAUUCUUUUGAACGCGGUGGACGUCACGUGUGUGAUGCAGACGUCCGCCACUGCCUCGAGCGCCAACAGCGGUGCGGGGUUGCUGCAGACGAAUACGUCCACUGCGCAUCUUGGCAAGGCCGUGUACGCCGUCGGCACACUCUUCAACCAUGCUUGUGAUCCAAACUGCUACGUGUCGUUCGAGGGCAACCCGCAGGGCUCGUGCGCAAAGCUGCUGGUGCGUGCUAUUCGGCCAAUCAUGGAAGGGGAAGAGCUCACGGUGGCCUACGGCGGCAUCACCUGCUUCUCCUUCCACAGUAUGCGCCACCGACUGCAGACGCUGCGCGACCGCUAUGGGUUUCUGUGCGGCUGCCCGUCGUGCCGCAACCAGGUUGACGAGCCGGUGCUAACGACGGAAAAGGAAAAAUACAUUCAGGCUUCCGACUACUAUCAGAAGGGACGCCGCCUGGUACGCGAGGGCGACUACGCGACGGCCGUCACGGUGCUGCUGCAGAGCUACGAGAUUGUGAUGCGCUACAUCUGUCCGCCGCCAAAGCCGCCGCAGUGGAUGUUGAUCAAAACCCACGACGCCCUGGCGCAGGCGUACUUCCACUUGAAUCAGCGCGACAAGUGUGUGGAGCACCUGAAGGAGGCCCUAAGGCUUGACAUCGAAAUCCACAAGACCGCCAACCGCGUGGAGCUGAUCAACGAGUACACGCGUCUCUCCUUCCUUGCCGAGACAGCGGAGGAUAAGGAGGCGAACGUGGCCAAGGCGGUGGAGCUGCUGCGCCGCUUCUACGGGCCGUCCAACAUGUUGGAGUUACAAGUCGCGUACGUGCAGUCGAGUCUUAAGGUGGACUCUGACACGGGUCGCAGCACCGUUGCCGCCCCUGCUGCUGCCGACGCAACCGUCGCCUAA